UGAGGAGGAGGAUGGAACGAAUAACAAAAAUUCUGCUAAAACUGAGGUUGGAUCUGAAAAGAACAUCACAGUAGAUCCUUUGUAUGAACUUUUUCAGCGGGUUUUCGUAAAUAAUUCUUGGAAUUGUGCUUCACCGAUUGAAAAGCCGUAUUAUUCGGCAGGAAUCUUCUCUCUUGUUUGCUACUUGUGCGGAAAUCAAAAUGUAACAAAAUCUCCAAAGAGCGAACGGUCUUUGUGUGUUAAAUGUAAUGGAAAACCUUUACCAAAAAAGCAGUUUAAAUGGGCUCAAAGUACAAAUAAAAAGGGAAAACAACGUCGAACUAAAUGA